CGUGAAGCAAAUAAACAAGCUUAGCAAAUGUGUAUGUGCUCAGAGAAUGCGUAGAACGGAAUACAGUUGUACCGACUUUUUCACAUAAAUGUCAGUGUCACUCAAGUGCUGUCAGUGUCAUUUCAAUUUGUCAUUCCCAUUGUUUAUAUCAGCGACACGGACUCGGUGGCCCUAUUUUGACCUUAUGUACUUCACAUUUUUUGUUAAUAAAUGUAUUUACCUCUUUACAAUGAAUCCGAAAAGAAGUAUUACAUUAAAGUACCAUCGAAAUUGUGCUUCUCCGCAGUAUCGGUGCCGCUAUUUGCUUUCAUAACUUGUGUUGUGAUAACAAUGUACAAAGAUUUUGAAAGCGCCAAUAAUACACACUGUAAAGUUCCCAACAUUUUUCCAUCAAUAUCAGCAUCCAUAGGAAAUUAUGAACCCCAAAGCACAAUAUGGAAAACAGCCAUUUAUGUGCAUGCACCCAUUCGAUUCUAUAUAUUGUAUCUAAGGUGGAACUAUUAUCAAAGUAUUAUAAUGGAAAGCUGUGUUGGUUUAGUCAAUGUAGCAGUAUUUUUAAAUAUCAUAGAAAACUUAGCUUUAUUAGGACUAACACAUUGGACAUCAUCAAGGAACUACCCUUACCAUGAAGUUUGUUUUAAAACAUUCAUUGGAACAUCGGUGUUCUAUAUGCUCCUAACAUGUAUAAUGCUUUCAAAGUUACGGAGAAGACCAAAUAUUACAUACAGAGAGAGGCAUUCAGUAAAGUUAAAAUGGAGAGCUUUUGUUGUGAAUGUAGCAUCAUUUUCAGCUGCCGCUUACUUCUUCCUUAGACAUAACAGGCUGUGUGAACCAUAUGUUUAUUCCCUGUUUGGUUUGUCAGAGUACAUAGUGGUGAUCAGUAAUAUCGUCUUCCAUUUGACAACUGCCUAUGAUCUUCAAAUAAAUUUCAUAUGUUUAACCAGUAAAGGGAUUAUCACUGAAUGAUGUCCAGGAAUGUUUGCCAAAAAUAUUUUUAAGCAUAUUUUGUCCAUCCAUUGAAAACAUAUUUCUCUAAGUUUUGGGGUAAGGAUAAUAUUAUACAGAAUGCUAAAACAUAUAAAUACAAAUAUACAAAUGUAAAAAUACAUAAUUCAUUUAAACAAUGCUAUAACUGCUAGUUUAGUGACUUUAAAUUAGCACCCAAAGUUACACAUUAUUUUAUUUAUCCUAAUGUAGGUGCAUAGUUGCAUACUUAUGAAAUUUAAGUAAAAAUAUUAUUUAAAUAUUGAUAAUUAAUUUAUAUAUUUAUUAACAAUAGUAUAAGUUAAAAUAACAUAACAAAAUCUUAAAUAAAUACAUUCAGAUCACAUGAUAACAUUUUAAUUCAUUAUAAUUGUGCUCCUAUAACACUAACAUAGAACCAUAUUGCAAAACUUGACUUUGGAUCCAUACUCGAUUUGAGUAGACUCUUAGGCCUCCCCUACAUUUGGCGUGCGCGAUCCUCGGGCGUGUUCGCGGCGCGCACGUCCUCCAUGUGACUGAUCGAAACAGUAGCGGGCGGCGGGGAUAGCGGGCGAAGGGAUAAGAAAGCGACUCGACGCGUGCGCGCCGCGAGCGCGCCGCACAUGCCGCAGGUCAGCAAAACGCGACGCUCACGCAGCGCGCUUGCCCGAGGAUCGCGCACGCCAAAUGUGGGGGAGGCCUUAACUAAAGAUAAUUUUAGAUAUAACUUUUUAUUUAAAAUAUCAGUUUAAAAACAAAAUGUAGCUAAACUCUAACAGCAUAACUUACUUAAUUGUUUAAAGCAAUAUUUUGUUUUAAUGUAUUUGUAUAAAAAGUCCUAUCAAGAUGUUUCCUUUAGUGCUACUACUAUAAUGGAGUAAUAGACUCUUUGCAUUAAUAAAAAAUCGGAUUUAAACA